CAGUGCUCAGAGAAGCAGGAGAGAUGGUGGGUGUCCCAUCCAGCAGCAUCCGCGCUCAGUGAGGACUAACCACACACACUGCUGGAGCUGCCUUUGCUGUGGGAGUCCCAGGCAUCCUGCCCAAAGCCAGGCAGGCUGGCUGCCUUGCCCAGUGGCAUGUAAGCUGUGUCUCUCACAUGUGUCACCAGGUGAAUGGGCCUCUGUCACAUGUGGAAGAGCUUGGUGCUCCCCUGGGAGGAGGUUUUGCCCCUCGAUCUCAGGCAAGGUUGCCUGGGCAUGCAUGUUCCUUUGGGUGCAGCAUCCCCAAAGCCCUUUUUUUGGCAAAGCAGACACUUUUUUGGAGCUCCCAUUGCUGUGUUGGCCAAACUCUCUGGCACGGAUUAGGAGGGGAUGGAGUGAGGCACAGCUUUGGGCACACUGGUGCAUGCAGGUCCCUGCUGCUGCCCUGACCAGCACGAGCAGGAGGAGAUGCUGACCCAGCUUUAAAAUACUGGGGUUUUAUCAGUGUAAGUUGGCACUAACAGAUGUGUUGGGAACAGAUGACAAGCAGUGACACCAAAUCCAUUUGGCUUGGUGCUGCCAUCCUCACAAACCUUCCUGCCACAGCAGCAGGGCCCUGGAUGGCAGGAUGGAGAGGAUGGAUCUGGGGUCACUUGGCUGGCACAGUGUUGCCUUGGGGGUGAAGCUGUGGGACAGCAGCUCCAGCUUGGAAGCAGGAGUGAUGCUGUCAGGGGGAGAGGGGUGAGAAGUAGAGCCAGGAUUUUCCUCAGUUGUGUUUAGCAGCUGAGGCAGGGGUUAACCAGCCCAGGUGUCCAGCAGGAACAACCCAUAUUAACAGCACUUUGCUUCACUAAAAUUAACCUGAGGCUUUUGUAGCAGCCAGGCAGACCUGCUGGAGCCACACAUGGUCACCCUGGGCCCCAGGCAGUUCUGCAGCCUCCACCUCAGCUUUCCUCUUGGAGCAUCUGAUCCGUGAUUUGCCAUAUGAAUUUUGUCAAACCCUUUUAGCUAAACUGAUCACAGAGAUGGAAUAUUGGAAUAUAGGUAUAAAAAUGUUUUCUUAGUAGUUGAUCUGUGUGCAGAUGGGGGUCCUGGGAAGUCUGGGGAUCCUGGGAGGGCUGGGGUUCCUGGGAAGUUUGUGGAUUCUGUAGUGCUGGGGGUCCUGAUAGGGCUGGGGAUCCUGGAGAGGCUGGGAGGGCUGGGGGUCCCGGGAGGGCUGGGACCCUCUGGACCACAGCUCCCAGGCUGGGGAGCUCCGAGCAGGGUGGACUGUGGUGAACAUGGGCUGGAGCCCCUUGACAGGGAAGUCCAGCCUCUCCCAGCCUGCAGGAGGAGGGAAACUGAGGCAGGAGAUUCUUGGAUCCCCUUGCUUCCCCUCCCGGGGUCCGAGCAAGGUGGCUCGGCAGCCGCGGGCCCCCGGCUGUGCCCGAGCCCAUAACGGAGCCUUUGUGCCCCGGGCGCCGCCGCAGCGCCGCUGCUGACUCAGGGAUUUCUGCCGGGCACGCCGUGGGAGCCCCGUGACCCAUCGGAGGGGGGACCCUGGAGGAGAGGGGCGGCGGCGAAGCAGUGAGGCGACAGCUCUGCGGAAAGCCGGCGCUACUCCGUGCUGGGGCCGAGGGACAGAGGGGACACUCCCGCUGAGCAGGACCCGGUCAGCCUCCUCGCUGGUACCGUGUGCCCUGAUGGACCUCUGAGCUGUGGUGACACACUCAGCCCCUCUCCACCCCAGCCCUGCCCCUCAGCCCCUGCUCCCGGGGGCUUACCCAGACCCAAGCCCACCAAGUUAAACUCCAAACCCUUCCAAGGACAACCCCACAGCCCUGUCCAUGCCCAACCUUCCCAUGUGUCCCCACCUUCACCAGCCCACCACAUCCUUGUGCUGCAGCUGCCAUGGGCUCCCGGCACUUCCCGGCCCGGACGGUGCUCUUUGAGAAGGAAUCCAGCGGUGUCACGUACCGUGUGCCCGCCCUGCUCUACCUGCCCUGCGUGGCCAAGCUGCUGGCGUUCGCCGAGGAGCGGCUCAGCGCCGACGAUGCCCACGCCAACCUGCUGGUGCUGCGCCGUGGCACCAUCUACGGCAGCUACGUGGAGUGGGAAGACAUGCGUGUGCUGGAGACAGCAACGCUGCAGCACCAUCGGUCAAUGAACCCCUGCCCGCUCUACGAUGAGUUCACGGGCACCCUCUUCCUCUUCUUCAUCACGGUGCUGGGUAGGACACCCGAAGCCUACCAGAUUGUCACUGGCCAAAAUGUCACCCGCCUCUGCUGUGUCACCAGUGCUGACCAGGGCCUGAGCUGGAGCACAGCCACAGAUCUGACCCAGCAGGUCAUUGGUGCGACCAUCAAAGACUGGGCGACGUUCGCGCUGGGCCCCGGGCACGGGAUCCAGCUGCGUUCUGGCCGGCUGCUGGUGCCCGCCUACAGUUACCACAUCGACUGCAAGGAGUGCUUCGGGCAGCUCUGCAAGACCACCCCGCACUCCUUCGCCUUCUACAGCGACGACCACGGCCGCGGCUGGCGCUUCGGGGAGUUCAUCCCCAACCUGCAGACGGGCGAGUGCCAGCUGGUCUCUGUGGAUGAGGAGGACGGAUCCAAUGUCCUCUACUGCAACGCCCGCAGCCCCUUGGGCUUCAGGGUCCAGGCGCUCAGCACGGAUGACGGGGCUGUCUUCCACGGCGGGCAGCUGGUCCAGCGGCUGGUGGAGCCCCCCCACGGCUGUCACGGCAGUGUCAUUGGCUUCCCCGCGCCCUUCCUGUAUGUCCCCACCGCCUCCUGGGACACCGGGAUGCCCCCCCGAGGCUCAGUUUGCCGGCUGCUUCCUGGGGCGCUCCGGGGGUUUGGGCACCCGCCCGCCCAACAGGCAGGAGGUGCUGAGCUGCCCGCUGGCAACCACCACAAGCCAGAUGAGCCCGACGGGGAUUGUCCUACCCCAGGGCGUCACGAUGACUCCCACAAUGUCACCUCGGUCCAGAGAGACUCUGCAGCAACCCCCAGCCCCACUCCCUUCUUCCAAGCACCAACGUGGAUCCUCUACUCCCACCCCACCAGCUCCAUGUCACGGGUGAACAUGGGGGUUCACCUGAGCACCUUCCCCAGGGACGCAGAGAGCUGGACAGAGCCCUGGGUCAUCUACGAGGGCCCGAGCGCUUACUCGGACCUGGCGUACAUGGAGCUGCCCUACAGGGACGCGCCGGUGGCCGGCGGCACGGCCAUCGCCUUCGCCUGCCUCUACGAGAACGGGAUGAGGUCUCCCUACGAGCAGAUCUCCUUCAGCAUGUUCACGCUGCACGACGUGCUCCAGAACAUCCCCCUGACGGCCGCUGCUCCCCGGCGGCGCCGCGCGGGGAAGAGGAGGAAGAGGAGGAAGAGGAGCUGCCUCAUCUCCUAGAGCCUGCCCAGGUUGGCUCCCGUCACCACCCCAGUGCUGGAUCCUGGAGCAUCAACCCACAGGCUGGGUUCUGCCACCAUCCAGCACGGCCACACAGCACAGAGGUGUGUUACUGUCCCCACACUGGGGUUUAUCUCAUUUUUAUUGCUAUUUUUUAAAUUCUGUUUUGGGUAGGGAGGCUUUUGCCCCCAGGCUCCUCUCCAAGCGAGAGCCACCUCUGGAAACAGAUACUGGGGGGCAACAGCAGCAGUGCAGGGGGGAGGCAGCCAGGGGUACCCUGUGCCAGCCCUGUGUGCCAGGUGCUGGCUCAGGGGGAUGUGGUGCUCCAGCUGUGCCAUACCUAGUACCACCACCCUGCUCUGAGGGCUUUCCUCCCCUUGUUAUAAAUAGUUAUGCUAUAUACAUAUGGUAUAUAAUGUUAAAUUCUUUCUUUUUCAUGAAAAGGCUUUUUUCAAUGGUCUCUCUGAAGUCACUCUGAGGGUUUGGGCUGGGGUAGAGUUCCGUUCCUUCAUUGUAGCUGGGAUGGGGCUGGGGUUUAUAUUUGGGCUGAUGAUAAAGAAAUGUUUGUAUUGCAUUACUUGUCUGUCUGGGCUUUUAGUUCUCUCUCUUCAUUAUUUUCCUUUUUAUUACAAUUUAUUAUCAUUAUUUCAAUUAAAGUGUCUUUAUGUCAACCCAG